AUGUCACUCGGUACCCUUCGCAGAAGCAGUAUUCGCCUUGCAGCUGUUCGCAAUCAUAUUAUCCCAAUCCCUGUCCAUAGACCGUUCGCAUUCACACCAAUCCGCAAUAUGUCCGUCCCUACUACUAUGAAGGCCAUCGUCGUCGAGCAGACCGGUGGUCCCGAAGUUCUGCAAUACAAGACCUCCUACCCAGUACCCACACCAAAGGAAGGCCAGCUGCUGGUCCGCAACAACAUUUCCGGCGUGAACUUUAUCGACACAUACUUCCGCACCGGCCUGUAUGCAUCCCCAAAGCCGGAGGUACUGGGCCGUGAGGGUGCCGGUACUGUCGCGGCAGUAGGCCCCAACACAUCCGGAUUCCAGGUUGGAGAUCGCGUUGCUUGGUUGGCCAAUGGUGGCUAUGCGGAAUACACCGCUGUCCCUGCAGCUAAGACCGUCAAGAUCCCCGAGGGUAUCAGUGAUGAGGAUGUGAUGGCAUCGUUCUUGAGUGGAUUGACUGUCCUCUCGUUUGCCAAGGAGACCUAUGCCGUGCAGAAGGGUGACUGGGUUCUCCUGCAUGCCGCUGCUGGUGGCGCUGGUUUUCUCAUGACUCAAAUCCUCAAGUCGAUCGGCGCAAAGGUCAUCGGAACAGCCGGUGGCGCGGAGAAGUGUGCACUUGUCAAGAGCCUCGGGGCUGACGUAGUGAUUGACUACCGCAGUGAAGAAGGCAAGGACUGGGUUAAGUUGGUUAAAGAGGCGACAGGUGGCCGUGGUGUUGACGUCGUGUACGACUCUGUCGGCAAGGAUACCUGGGAGGGAAGCUUGGAAGCUGUGAAGCGCAAGGGAACGAUUGUUUGGUUCGGCAAUGCUAGUGGACCUGUUCCUCCCCUUCCCCUCCCGUUGUACAGGAAACUCUCCCCGAAGUGUGUUAAGAUCGCUCGUCCCACCCUCUUCGGCUACAUUGAGACCCGGGAGGAGUUCGAGUACUACACCAAUGAGCUCUUUACUUUGCUGAAGUCUGGUCAGCUUAAGGUGAAGAUUCACAAGGUCUACCCUAUGGAGGAGAUUGCUCAGGUUCACAAGGACCUGGAGGGCCGGAAGACAAUGGGCAAGCCUCUUAUCAAGCCUUGA